AUGGGGGGACGCGGGCGUAUUUCUCCGAAGUCGACAAUCGUUUGGCAGCCAGUGGCCACGACUUCCAUCACAGCUUCUUCACGACUGAAUUCACAUCCGUCAGUGUGUCCGUGGUGUCGGACGAGAUCACAGUAUCCAAAGUCAGCUUCGCCACUUGCCCAGUCGCAAACGAGACGUCACUUCUCGAGCUCCUCGCCUCGGCCAUCAUGGGCCGCAGCAGUUCAAAAGAUCCAAAGCACGGUCGCUGAGGUCCUCCCCUCCUCCGCCAGACAACCGACCGGCAAUAUCACGAUUGAUCCCCUCAAGAUUGUCGCGAAAGAGUUGAAAUUCCUCAACAAGAACAUCCGGCAGCUGCUUGGUUCGGGACACCCGAUACUAGACACGGUUGCCAAAUACUAUACGCAGAGCGAAGGAAAACAUGUCAGGCCGCUACUGGUGCUGCUGAUGUCGAGGGCGACUGCUUUUGCUGCGAAGCAGCCGCGGCCAAGAUAUGAUGUGCAGCAUACUUUAUCCAGAAGUGCUAUUGACACACCGAUUACAAGUCCGUCUGUGCUGCUGGACAAGAAUCCGGACAAAGACCUCCUGAACUAUUCCUCUGCCGUGUCACCAUUGACGAAUGCCUCGAACGAGACGGAAUAUGCCUUCCCUAACGAUACAUCCAUUCUGCCUUCGCAGCGACGACUGGCGGAGAUCACGGAACUCAUCCAUACAGCUUCCCUUCUCCACGAUGAUGUGAUAGACCACUCCACCACGCGCCGCUCAGCACCCUCCGCAAACACCACCUUCGGGAACAAGAUGGCUGUGUUGGCAGGGGAUUUCAUGCUCGGGCGCGCAUCCGUGGCUCUCGCUCGGUUACGUGACCCCGAAGUGACAGAGCUGCUUGCAACAGUGAUUGCGAAUCUUGUGGAAGGCGAAUUCAUGCAACUGAAGAACACUGCGAGUGACGAGAAGAAUCCCAGCUGGAGCGAGCAGACCAUUUCAUACUAUUUACAGAAAACAUACCUGAAAUCCGCGAGUCUGAUCAGCAAAAGCUGUCGUGCGGCCGCGUUACUCGGACAGUGCGCCCCCAAUGUGGUCGAAGCUGCAUAUCAAUAUGGGAAGAAUCUGGGCCUGGCGUUUCAACUUGUGGACGACAUGUUGGAUUAUACCAUAUCUGGGACCGAAUUGGGGAAACCUGCCGGUGCAGACUUGGAGCUAGGAUUGGCGACCGCGCCGUUGUUGUUCGCAUGGAGGAACAGGCCCGAGUUAGGGAUAUUGGUGGGCAGGAAGUUUUCAAAAGAGGGUGAUGUCCAGAAGGCUAGGGACAUCGUAUCGCAGAGUGACGGUCUCGAGCAGACUCGCGCCCUGGCUCAGGAAUAUGCAGACAAGGCUGUCUCCUCAAUCAGCGCAUUUCCACCCGGCGAGGCCAAGGACGGCCUGGAAGAGAUGUGUAUAAAGGUUAUGAAGCGUCGAAAGUGA